GCCUUCCGGGCCUGUCUCGACCUCCAAGCUUCCGGUCAUCCCGUCGGCCACGCCCCCUCCCGGCGAGAGCAACUGGUUGGUCCCCGUCAACCGGAAGCAGGACAGGGGCGGGGUCUACAGCAAGUCCGGCCUUGACCCCGACGAGAGCGACGGCCGGAUGCACGUGCUGGAGACGAGGCUAGGGGUCACGGAGAAGUCCAAUAGGGCGCUCAUGGAGGAAGUGUUGAGGCUACACAGCGAGCUGAGGGUGAACGUGAGGAAGAAUGAGGAGAACAUCAAGGAGGACCGAAUGUCUCGCCAUCAGCUGGAAGGCUCGCUGCAGAUCGUCAACGAUCUCAUCAACAAACUGUCCAGCCGGAUCAAGACGACCGAGGACAAGAUCGUGGAGGAGCGGUCAGCGCUGUCCAGUCUGGUGUCACACACCAAGGGCGUGGAGCAGGCGGUGUUGUCCAGCCAGCAGACGCUGGCCAUCAAGAAAGAUUCCCAGGGUUCCAAGUGAGUACUGCCAAAGCUG